AUGAAGAAAUUCAAAUGGGACGGAGAUUGUCAAAACGCAUUUGAGGAAUUGAAGUCAUUCUUGACUAAUCCGCCCUUUCUGAGUAGACCCAUAGCCGGAGAGACGUUGUACCUGUACUUAUCAGUAGGGAGAGAGACUAUCGCCUCAGUACUUGUACAAGAAGAAGAGGAGAAAAGGCCAAUCUAUUACAUAAGCAGGACGCUGAAAGGGGCGAAGCUUAACUACCUAACCAGCGACAAACUUGCACUCGCCAUAGUAGUGACUACCAAAAAGCUCAAGCCAUAUUUCCAAGGACACACAGUCAUAGUACGCACAAAUCAGCCCUUGAAGAAAGCACUCCAUCGACCGAAGACCUCCGGACGGUUAGUUAGCUGGUCAGUACAGUUGGGAGAACAUGAUAUUAGAUACAAACCAAGAACCACCUUGAAGGCUCAAGCACUUGCUGACUUCGUGGAGGAGAUGACGGAGAAGCCAUGCGACUUAGUCACCGAAGAGUUGAUAUGUAACCUGUUCGUAGACAGAGUCUCCAGUGAGCAAGGAGCAGGCAUAGUCCUAUUGGGACCCAACAAAAUCACCAUAGAAUACGCAGUGCACCUGAGUUUCAAGGCUACCAACAAUGUAGCAGACAAAAGAGAAGAACAUGGCGAAAUACAUGGCGAAAGAAAAAGAGCAGCUCAAAAGAUAGAAAAGAAUGGAGGACAAUGGGAGAUAGUCCCCAUCCAUAGGGAAGAGAACACGAGAGCAGACGCAAUAGCUAAAGCCGCCACACUGAAAAGCCAGCUAUAUGUGUCGCUCCAGAUGAAAGAGGACAGGAUGACACCAACCGUUGAAGAGAAGCAGAUGUUACCUGUCACAGUACUCGAUCCAUGGAUGCAACCUAUAGUAGCAUACUUGGCAGACGGAUUAUUACCUGAGGGACGCACUGAGGCUGCUAAACUGGUUCGAAUUUCCUCUGUAUACUCUUUGAUAGAGGGGGUGAUGUACCGGACCUCAGUCACACACCCAUGGUCCAAAUGCAUAUCACUAGAAGAAGGAAGCUACGUCCUUAGAGAGAUCCAUGAAGGAGAAUGCGGAGCUCAUGAAGGCGCAAUCACUCUGUAUAGAAAAGCAAUGCUACAAGGAUUCUAUUGGCCCACCAUGAAGAAAGAUGCAGAAGAAAUGGUCAAGAAAUGCGACAAGUCCAGAGGACAAGUGAAGUUCAUAGUGGUAGCAAUUGAUCAUUUCACCAAAUGGAUAAAGGGUACAGCCCAUGAGCACCAUAACGAGUCGGAAAAUCCAGAAAUGGUUAUCUAA